UCUGUCCUGUCUCACCCCUCCACCCCUAGCCAAGGGCACCCUGAGUGAGGACACUAUCCGGGUGUUCCUGCAGCAGAUAGCCGGGGCCAUGAGGGUGCUGCAGGCCAAGGGGAUCAUUCACAGAGACCUCAAACCACAGAACAUCCUGCUCUCCAACCCCGCAGGACGCAAGUCCCACUCCACCAACACCUGCAUCAAGAUAGGUAGGGGUGUGUUUGUGCACAUGCACAGUAAUGCAUCAUAUAAAUUAUAGAGACGUGUUCAAUCUUAUAGCUGUGAAGAAUGAAUGAAUGAGUGCAGGGCUGAAGAGCAGCAUUUUAUAUGUCUUUACACCUCACUCAUUAAAUCUGUUAUUCAAUGUUUGUAUGGGCUAAUAGCACUAAGGCCUAAAAAUAUAUAUAUAUAUAUAUAUAUAUAUAUUUUUUUUAUACUUCAAGGGGUCUUAAAAUUUUAAAUCAAAUAGCUAAAUGAUCAUUGGUAUGACCUUCUUAAAACAAUUCCAUAUAGCUUAGUAGAACCCCCCCGACUUAGACAGGGCUUAGACUCUUAUGGGUUAACUACUGGUGGUGAUUCAGAAGUAUUAUGACAGACAGUUUUCUAGUAUCAUUUAAAGGUGUUACAGUGCAUGCUAAGAGUAAGAUGGCAGGUUUCAAAAAGCUCUGUGACAAAAAAUGUAUUCACCAGUCCUCUUAGUGGCUCAGUGGAAAGUCAAUUGAGACCUCUCUCCACAGUAACCUCUAGUCGUUCCCAGCUGGUUAUAAAAAUGUUCCGCUCAGUGCAAACAUUUUGUGAUUGCCCCCAGGUUCUGCUGAGUAUCUCUGAGUGCACAGCUGUCUUCUCCACUCCUACAUAGACGGGUUGGCUAACAAUGUCACAAAAAUGAUGCGCGUGCAUCGAUGCAGCCGGAUGCCGUGCUUUGUUAUUACAGAUCGUUAACAACCAUGACAAGAAGCUGCCAUGUGGUGGCUCGUUUCUGCUAGUUUUAUCUUGUUCUUGAUACCAUGUUUUGAGGUGUUUUGCCUGAUUUCUUGUCUAUGCUAAUAUUACAAACAUUCGCUAACUAACAACUGUAACAAUGUAUUUGAGAGACAAAAUGCUCAUUGUGCAAAUGUAUUUGUUUUCAAUAAACAUUUGGAGAAGACAUAUAGUUGACAUGUUAUCAACAAUCUAAGCCAACCUCGUCUGUUUUACCCCAUAGUUGCGCACGCGUCGGUUUUAUUGCUAAACAACCAACCCGUCUAUAACUAAAUCAUAGUUCCAAAAAAAAACCCCCCCCCCCACCACAUCAUUUAUCGCUACUCUCUAGCUAUCUAUAUCUCUCUAUCUAUCUAGCUCGUCUACCUCGCUCUCCUCUCUCUCUACUUCUCUCUCUCUUCUAUCUCUCUCUCGCUCUAUCUCUCUCUCUCCUCUCUCUCUCUCUCUCUCUCUCUAUCUUCUCUCUCAUCUCUCUCUCUCUACCUCUCUCUCUCUCUCAUCUCUCCUACUCCCUUCUAUUCCUAUACUCUCCAGCUGACUUUGGGUUUGCCCGGUACCUUCAGAACAACAUGAUGGCUGCUACUCUGUGUGGGUCCCCUAUGUACAUGGUGAGCACCUCUAGUUCCUUACACACCCUCAAACUGCCUAUGGUCAUGCUGUAUCUGCCAUUAGGUACCAUGUUUGACAUGUGUCAUGUGUGCAACUCUGAAACGUUUUCCUGUAUCCACCAGGCACCUGAAGUCAUCAUGUCUCAAAACUAUGAUGCCAAAGCUGACCUGUGGAGCAUCGGAACCAUUUUGUUCCAGUGUCUGACUGGGAAAGCCCCGUUUCAGGUGAGCACCAUAGUCCCAACGAUAUAAGACUCAAUCAUACGCAGAUAUACCCAACUCAAAGGGAGGGUGUUUAAAUGGUUAAAAUUAAUCCACUCAAUGCAGGAAGGGGUCAUUCAGAGAGAGAGAGAGCGAGAGAGAAACAGACAUUCCAAGAGUUUGUAUUUGACUUGGACUGCAAUGCUUGCAUGUCUUUUUGUCGAGCUAACAUUUUGGUGGAAGGUACAUCCCCCCCCACCCCCCUGCGCACUCAACGUCAUUGAGAUACAUUUCCGUGUAGGCCUAUUUGGCUGGGAAGCGAGCUGUAGCAUAUUGCCUGUUUCUGUUUGAGUAUUUUAUUGAAGAAUGUGAAACAAUGUUGUCUAUUUGCUGCUUUUCAUUAAAUCAUGUAGCUGUUCUUUAGGCUAUGGCCUAAAAUAAAAUCAUUAAUACGGUCAGAAUAUUAUACUUUGUAGCAUAGGCUACCGUAUUUAUGAAAAUAAACAGUUCAUGCGAAAAUAUUCAGAGCGGGUAAAAGGCCCACAUUUGGUCCUUUCAGUAAAAAAAAAACAUUGAAAUGGAAAUGUCAUUUCAGAGACACAAAGUAACAAUAGCCUCUAUGAUUAAAGGGACCAGAGUCCAUCUGUUACUGGGAUCUCAACAAUAUCAUUAUUUACAUCAUUCAAAUUCACCAAAUCAUUUUGUUUAUAAGCCCACUAGGCUACUCAUUUGUUGACAUGAAAUGUCCUGAAUAAUAUAAAGGAAAAUACCAAUAGCCUAGGCUAUCCUACACAAUUACGCAAAGUAACAUACCUCGGUGUCCAAUCCCAUGCACAGAAACAUAUGAAAACUUUACCUAAUUACCUUGAUGCUUUCUCUGUUAAAUCUUUUAGACCCUGGUGCUUUCUGUUAAAUCUUUUAGACCCCACUGUAAAUCAAGUAGACAAUAGCAGAUAAUCAACAUAAAUGUAGGAGUGUUGGAUUGGAUCCAAUGUGGCUCACAACUUCACUGGCGCAGCGAAUGAGACAUCAACAUGUUCUGGACACCGUUUUCCACCCUGGCUGUUUUUGCACCAUAUGCUAUAUCACAACAGCUGUUUGCCACUUGACUGUCAUUCAGAAAAAUAUUUCCUGGAUCAGCUGAUGAUGGUAGAUCACUAGGCCUAACUGACCCAAACUAGCCAGACAGGAUUUCUAAAGGUCAACUGACUGUGUUUCCCCUUCAGAUCUUAACACUCCCUUUGAAACUCAUUUGUGUGCAUGCAAACAUUCAAGUGAUUUGUUCUGUCUGUAAUUAAAAAAUAUAUAAAGUAUUUGUAUUGUAUUUGCGAGACAUUCUACUGCACUUUUGAAGCUAGUAACAUAAGCAUUAUGCUGCACCUGCUAUAACACCUGCAAAUCUGUGUACAUGACCAAUAAACGUUGAUUUGAUGUGUGUGUGCUACCCAUAGGCUAGCAGUCCCCAGGACCUCCGGCUAUUUUAUGAGAAAAACAAGAACCUCAGCCCCAAGUAAGUGUUCACCAACUCCAGUAGCAGCUGGAGACUGUCUGUUUUUAGAGACAGAGGGUUCAGAUUUCUUAGCCUUUCACAGGAGUUUGUUUGUUGAAUGUUGCUUCCAUUUUAAUUAAUUCAUGUUGUGGUAGAUCACAUUUCAUCAUUCCCUGUGUUCUGGAUAUGUUACAAACGACUUUUGAUUAUCAUACUCUCACACACUGCUUUUAGCAUCUUUCCCUACCACAAUCGUAAUGUUAACCAUUUGUGGUGAAUUGCAAAACAGGCCCCUGAUCAGUUGUUACAGCAGGAAUGAAGUGUAAAGUACCAUCAUGCAUUCAUGGUGACUUGUGUAUUCCCCUCACAGUAUCCCCAGAGAGACCUCCUGUCCCCUGAGGCAUCUGCUGCUGGGUCUUCUGCAGCGCAACCACAAGGAACGCAUGGACUUUGGUCAGUGGGGCCACACUCAUUAUUUAAGAGAUGUUUCAAAUUGAUAUGGUAGCAUGUUCCUCACUUUCAAUCUUUUUCUCUUCUUCUCAUUGUAGAGGAGUUCUUCCGUCAUCCCUUCCUGGAGGCGAGCUCGUCCAUGAAGAAAAGUGAGUAACUCCUUAUUCAUCCAUCUACCCAUCCCUAAUUGAAACAUCCAAACCACGCCAAUAUUGAUUUUCACUUAUUUUCUUGAUGGUGAUUUCUAUCAUAUCAUUUACAUUUACAUUUUUGUCAUUUAGCAGACGCUCUUAUCCAGAGCGACUUACAGUUAAAUAUCAAGAGGACAGUGUGAGAAAUGAAUGCAUUCAUUUGUUAUUACUUUUAGAAUUGAUAUUGAUCUUUUUCUUUCAUACAGCAACUCCUGCUGUGACCAUGACGUGCUUUCCCAGCUCCACUUCAGCCAGCUCUUGUAGCAGCUCUUCCACCUCACACCUGGCCUCCCCACCAGUGAGUGUGCGUGCGUCAAUAUAUACACACUUGUGUGUGUUUGUUUAAAGCAUCUUGUAUACAGCGUGAUUCAGAGGUGACCGUAGUAAGUCAUCCGUGGGGCCUCAGUCUUAACACUGAUGAUGUGUUAAACCCUGUGUGAUAAGGACCAGCUGUCUGACUUAAUGACCCACAGGCAGAUUGGACUGUUAUUGCCCAACAGUUGUUACCUGAAACAUACUAGGUUAGAGCUACUGUUGAUGUGUCCACUACCAAAGAGUAUGUUCCGUCUUGGGUUUGUUGGGUGGUAUAGUGCUUUUUGUCUAAUCUGUAGUGUAAUGUGCUGCUGCCUGUGAAAUUUGUGAUGACACACGUGUGAUUAUUGUCUGUUAUCAGUGAUACUGUACAGUGCAUUCGGAAAGUAUUCAGACCCCUUGACUUUUUCCACAUUUUGUUUACGUUACAGCCUUAUUCCAAAAUGGAUGACAUUUUAAAGAAUCCUCUUCAAUCUACACACAAUACCCCAUAAUGACAAAGCGAAAACAGUUUUUUAGAAAUGUUUGCAAAUGUAUUGAAAAAAACCAACAGAUACCUUAUUUCCAUAAGUAUUCAGACCCUUUGCUAUGAGACUCGAAAUUAAGCUCAGGUGCAUCCUGUUUCCAUUGAUCAUCCUUGAGAUGUUACUACAACUUAAUCCCCAAAAAACAUUUCCACUGUAUUUCAGCCCUGCCACAAAAUGACCAGCUGACAUCAUGUCAGUGAUUCUAUCGUUAACACAGGUGAGAGUGUUGACGAGGACAAGGCUGGAGAUCACUCUGUCAUGCUGAUUGAGUUAGAAUAACAGACUGGAAGCUUUAAAAGGAGGGUGCUUGAAAUCAUUGUUCUUCCUCUGUUAACCAUGGUUACCUGCAAGGAAACACGUGCCGUCAUCAUUGCUUUGCACAAAAAGGGCUUCACAGGCAAGGAUAUUGCUGCUAGUAAGAUUGCACCUAAAUCAACCUUUUAUCUGAUCAUCAAGAACUUCAAGGAGAGGUUCAAUUGUUGUGAAGAAGGCUUCAGGGCGCCCUUGAAAGUCCAGCAAGCACCAGGACCGUCUCCUAAAGUUGAUUCAGCUGCGGGAUCGGGGCACCACCAGUGCAGAGCUUGCUCAGGAAUGGCAGCAGGCAGGUGUGAGUGCAUCUGUACGCACAGUGAGGCGAAUACUUUUGGAGGAUGGCCUGGUGUCAAGAAGGGCAGCGAGGAAGCCACUUCUCUCCAGGAAAAACAUCAGGGACAGACUGAUAUUCUGCAAAAGGUACAGGGAUUGGACUGCUGAGGACUGGGGUAAAGUCAUUUUCUCUGAUGAAUCCCCUUUCCGAUUGUUUGGGGCAUUUGGAAAAAAGCUUGUCCGGAGAAGACAAGGUGAGCGCUACCAUCAGUCCUGUGUCAUGCCAACAGUAAAGCAUCCUAAGACCAUUCAUGUGUGGGGUUGCUUCUCAGCCAAGGGAGUGGGCUCACUCACAAUUUUGCCUAAGAACACAGCCAUGAAUGAAGAAUGGUACCAACACAUCCUCCGAGAGCAACUUCUCCCAACCAUCCAAGAACAGUUUGGUGACAAAAAAAUGCAUUUUCCAGCAUGAUGGAGCACCUUGCCAUAAGGCAAAAGUGAUAACUAAGUGGCUCGGGGAACAAAACAUCGACAUUUUGGGUCCAUGGCCAGGAAAUUCCCCAGACCUUAAUCCCAUUGAGAACUUAUGGUCAAUCCUCAAGAGGCGGGUGGACAAACAAAAACCCACAAAUUCUGACAAACUCCAAGCAUUGAUUCAAUUGAUUGGACAUGAUUUGUAAAGGCACACACCUGUCUAUAUAAGGUCCCACAGUUGACAGUGCAUGUCAGAGCAAAAACCAAGCCAUGAGGUUGAAGGAAUUGUCCGUAGUAUUGUGUCGAGGCACAGAUCUGGGGAAGGGUACCAAAAACUUACUGCAGCAUUGAAGGCCCUCAAGAACACAGUGGCCUCUAUCAUUCUUAAAUGGAAGAAGUUUGGAACCACCAACACUCUUCCUAGAGCUAGCCGCCUGGCCAAACUGAGCAAUCGGGGGAGAAGGGCCUUGGUCAGGGAGGUGACCAUGAACCCAAUGGUCACUCUGACAGAGCUCCAGAGUUCUUCUGUGGAGAUGGGAUAACCUUCCAGGAUGACAACCAUCUCUGCAGCACUCCACCAAUCAGGCCUUAAUGGUAGAGUGGCCAGACGGAAGCCACUCCUCAGUAAAAGGCACAUGACAGCCCGCUUGGAAUUUGCCAAAAGGCACCUAAAGACUCUCAGACCAUGAGAAACAAGAUUCUCUGGUCUGAUGAAACCAAGAUUGAACUCUUUGGCCUGAAUGCCAAGCGUCACGUCUGGAGGAAACCUGGCACCAUCCCUACGGUGAAGCAUGAUGGUGGCAGCAUCAUGCUGUGGGGAUAUUUUUCAGUGGCAGGGACUGGGAGACUAGUCAGGAUCGAGGGAAAGAUGAUUCUUGAUGAAAACCUGUUGGAGAGUGCUCAGGACCUCAGACUGGGGCGAAGGUUCACCUUCCAACAGGACAACGACCCUAAGCACACAGCCAAGACAACGAAGGAGUGGCUUCGGGACAAGUCUCUGAAUGUCCUUGAGUGGCCCAGCCAGAGCCCGGACUUGAACCUAAUCGAACAUCUCUGGAGAGACCUGAAAAUAGCUGUGCAGCGACGCUUCCCACUGAACCUGACAGAGCUUGAGAGGAUCUGCAGAGAAGAAUUGGAGAAACUCCCCAAAUACAGGUGUGCCAAGCUUGUAGCAUCAUACCCAAGAAGACUCUAGGCAUAAUCGCUGACAAAGGUUGGCUGACAAAGGUGCUUCAACAAAGUACUCAGUAAAGGGUUUGAAUACUUAUGUAAAUGUAGUAUAUAUUUGCAAAAAUUUAUAAAAACCUGUUUUUUCUUUGUCAUUAUGGGGUAUUGUGUGUAGAUUCAUGAGGGGAAAAAACAAUUUAUUCCAAUUUAAAAUAAGGCUGUAACGUAACAAAAUGUAGAAAAAGUGAAAGGGUCUGAAUACUUUCCAAAUGCACUGUAUAUGGUGAGCGGUUGGUCGUUUGGAACACAGAUGUUGAGAGAAAGUGGGUAGCUCAGGGUCAGUGCUGUGGUCAUCGUUCCUCCCUACCUUCUUUCUCUCUCUGCAGCAGUCCCUGGCUGAGGUCCAACAGCUCCGUGCCAAGACCCUCGCCUCUCCUACCCAGGAUGCCCCUGGCUUCCUCCUCAAGGACUCGUCUGGAGGGGUCUGCAGCAGCAAGAACUCCUCCUGUGACACAGACGACUUUGUCAUGGUGCCCGCCCACUUUCCCAGUAAGUGCACUCUUUCCUAUACCAAUGUACUCUCAUAGGGCUCAAUCAGUGAUGUAUAGAAUCCAGAAAUUGUGAGUGAAGUUGUUUUAGAAUAGAUCACAUUCUCUCUGAAAUAAGAAAAUAAAGGUUUAAAGCCAGACUCAGUCCCAAAUAUAAUGUAACUUUUUUUUUGUGGUUUAGUGUAUCUCGAAAUGUAUAGAUGAAAGAGGAAUUCACUUCAAAGUGACACAAAUUAAGGUUUUACGAAUUAUAAGUCCAGCAGCGUUGUUUACAAAUUGCAGGUCAGAUUUAUCCAGGUAAUUAUGAUGCAUAGGCCUAGGUUCUACCUGUCCCUCUGAUUCUACCUGUCCCUCUGAUUCUACCUGUCCCUCUGAUUCUACCUGUCCCUCUGAUUCUACCUGUCCCUCUGAUCCAUCCACGGCUACAGCAACACAAUCUAGCUAUAUCCCUCUCAAUACAAAUGAGACUCAUAAAUGAGAGUGAUACAGAAUAAACAUGUAGCUGACAAAUGCAUGUCGUAACGGUUAAUAAUAUUGGCUCCUGGCUGUCAGCCCAUCUGUCUGUGCGACAGCUGAUGAUGCUCAGGAGUGCAGAUUUGAAAACACUGGUGAGUCUGUCGUUACAGAGUUGCUUUGAUGUUGGUAGAUUCAGCUUCUGAAUGAAUUGUGGGCGAUUUUGAUUCAGCAAGGGAUUGAGAUUAUUUUCCUAGUGCAACACUUGCAAGUUGGACCAUAUUUCAGACUUCUCAGCACGACCUCUGCCAGCAACAUGCUGGACACUGGAUAAUAAUCAACAAAGCCAGUUCUGUCUACUGGUAAGUGAAGCAUCUAGCUAGCAAACAGAUAGAUCCGACCACACACGCAUUGCUUUCAAAUGUGCAUAGCCUACCGGUGGGUGAUUAGCCUACAGCCAAAUAAACGUUUAUGCAGUUGCAAACUUUGCUGGAGUUGCUAGCUGGCUAAUUGUUUUCCUCUUGGAUGUGGAGUUUACUAUUGCAACCUUUUUGAUGGCGAAUUUAUUCAACCCUAUAGUUGCUGAGGGUCGACUUUUCCAGGGAAGUGUUUGCACUGCAAGAGAUCAAGCAGAUAACGGCGCUACCAUUGCACCGCAAUAAGCGGCCUAUAUUGUUGAACUUGUCUAUGUCAAUUAGAAUAACAUUUUACUGCUGUGACGUUCAUAGCUGACUCACUUGUAAAUUGUCAUUUUUUAUCCAGUAGAGUAACCUACAUGCUUGUUGUAGGCUACAAGCAAACGAGAACACCAGCUGUCUGAUACUGAUUGAUGGAAGGGUGGCUGGCCCAGCGGCCGCUUGAGAACUCUGAUAGAGCACGUUAUGACGUCUUGUCUGGGUUUGUUUUGUCUCCCCGACAGUUUGAUAUUUCAUAAUCACAAAUGACGUUACUGAGUAUGGAUUUAAGGAUAUAAUAGGUUUCUAUUCUGAGGUUUCAUCAGUUUGGUUUGAUGUGUUGCCAUGGUUUCUCAGCAGCUGAGCUCACCUGUGAGGGGCCUACUGGAAAGGUGUUCCACGACAGUCUGAUGAACAGCGGGUGAGUUUAGUGGUCAGGGUCGUACCUGGGCACCUAUACACAAUGCUGAUGGGAAAUACACCCAAUACCACUUCUUCAUAGUAGUAUAAUAUACAUAUUAUAAUCACAAAACUCUUGUGUUCUCAACUCUUCUUUAGCUCUCUGCUGGCCUUUGGUGGCCUGGGCAGUCAGGGCAAGAGCCCACCCCACUCCCCCUCCUACAGCGGCUCCCCCAGCCCCAUCAGGUAAGAGCAGAACACUCCUACUGGAAAGGAAUUCAUUCUCAGUGUUCAGACAGAUGAAACCAUCUAGACAUGCUUGUCAGGUCACCCUGGCAGCUGGGUGGGUGAGUCGGUGUGUAUUGUGCACUGGAAGCCAAGGGCAAUGAUAUACCCUUCUAGAGUAAGAGGAUUAUUGUGUAAGGUUCGAUGACAGGGAGAUGGGGUCGGCCAGUAAGUCAAUCCCAAAGCAAGGGCUCACACAGCUCUCAUUCUCUCUCUCUCGCUCUUUCACUCUCUCUCGCUUUCUCUCACUCACUAUUACAUAGAUUUUUUCCCCAGUAUUUUUGCAGUUUCACUCUCUUUGUUAAUGCAUUAAACAGACGGAAUGGUUAAACGUAACCAACUCCCCCUUUCUCUCUUCUUUCAGUCGGCCUAUCGAGUUCUCUGGCAGUAACUGUGGUAGCUAUGGUAACUAUGGUCAGUCUUUGCCCAUUCCGGUUCCCACUCAGGUCCACAACUACCAGCGCAUGGAGCAGAACCUACAUUCCCCCAGCCAGGAGGGCUCCCCACGGUCAGUAUACACAUACAGUGCCUUCAGAAAGUAUUCACACCCCUUGACUUUUUCCACAUUUUGUUGUAUUACAGCCUGAAUUUAAAAUGGAUGAAAUUGAGAUUUUGUGUCACUGGCCUACAAACAAUACCCCAUAAUGUCAGUGGAAUUAUGUUUUUAGAUUUUUUUUCUGGAGUCAAUAAGUGUUCAACCCCUUUGUUAUGGCAAGCCUGAACAAGUUCAGGAGUUAACAUUUCCUUAACAAGUCACAUAAUAAGUUGCAUGGACUCACUGUGUGCAAUAAUAGUGUUUAACAUGAUUUUUGAAUGACUACCUCAUCUCUGUACCCCACACAUACAAUUAUCUGUAAGGUCCCUCAGUCGAGCAGUGUAUUUCAAACACUGAUUCAACCACAAAGACCAGGGAGGUUUUCCAAUGCCUCGCAAAGAAGGGCACCUAUUGGUAGAUGGGUAAAAAACAUGCAUCCUGUUUGCAAUAAGGCACUGAAGGAAAACUGCAAAAAAUGUGGCAAAGAAAUGAUCUUUAUGUCCUGAAUAACAAAACAAGUGUUAUGUUUGGGGAAAAUACAACACAUCACUGAGUAUCACGAUUCAUAGUUUCAAGCAUUGUGGUGGCUGCAUCAUGUUAUGGGUAUGCUUGUCAUCGGCAAGGACUAGGGAGUUGUUUAGGAUAAAAAUAAACUGAAAAGAGCUAAGCACAGGCAAAAUCCUGGAGGAAAACCUGGUUGUCUGCUUUCCAACAGACACUGGGAGACAAAUUCAGCUUUCAGCAGGACAUAAACCUAAAACACAAGGCCAAAUAUACACUGGAGUUGCUUACCAAGAUGACAUUGAAUAUUCCUGAGUGGCCUAGUUAAAUUUUUGACUUAAAUGUCUAGCAGUGAUCAACAACCAACUUGACAGAGCUUGAAGAAUUUAAAAAAGAAUGUUCAAAUAUUGUACAAUCCAGGUGUUCAAAGUUCUUAGAGACUUACCCAGAAGGACUUACGGCUGUAAUCACUGCCAAAAGUGAUUCUAACAUGUAUUUAAUACAUUUUGAAUUCAUGCUUUAACACAACAAAAUGUGGAAUAAGUCAAGGGGUAUGAAUACUUUCUGAAGGCACUGUAGAUAUACAUGCAUUAUUUACACACACAUGCUUACAUAAACCUAUAGUCUCCUCUAUGGCACAUUAGUAUCAUUUCUAGCUUGGAGAUAAUAGGGAAUAUUGUCUUAUUUUGUGACUACUCUGUUUCUCUCCCCACCACAGGCUGUCCACCCCAGUGCACCGCUGCAGCAGCAAUAGUUCACUGGGAUUCGGAAGGACUGGCCCAUCUCCGCCUUACCCAGGAGGCCACGGGACCUUGUCUGGCCUCCGCAGGCUGUCUGUAGGAGGGGCCAGACCCUUCCAGCUUUCACCUCAAGGUAUGUCUGCCAGAGUGCACUGAUGUGUCAAAAUGUCCCCUCGCUCUUCUUUCUCUCCUCUCAUUCUUCUUCUUCUUCUUUCUCGUCCUCCCCGCUCUCAUCUCCCUCUGUGUCUGAAGUGGGCACCAUCCCUGAGCUGCCAGGGCAGGCGCGCCCGCUGGGCACAGACACAGGCAACGAGGGGUCGCAGGGUGGAGGUGAGAACCCGGAGUUCCCCUCCCUCUUUCCCUGUCCGUCCCCCCAACUUCUAUGUUGACUGUUUUAGUGUUUUGUUAGUGGUGGGUGUCAUGGUUAAACUGGUCAGGGGCACUGGAGACUCUUGCUCUGUGGUAUCCCAAGGUUAUUCACUUCCUGUUGGCUUGAUCAGUGGGGUUUAAAACUGACUUAAAGGAACCUUUUGAUGUUUUACUUCCAUGUGUCUUUCCCUCAGCUUGUCAUCUUAUAUAGUUAGUCCCUCAUCUUUAUAAUGUACAUUUACAUUUCAUUAUUCACAUUGUGCUGGAGUGUUGCACUAUUAUUCCUCCUCUAACUUCUAACCCCUGUCCCUCUCCAGCUCUCCAGUUCCUCGACACGCGGCCUCCCGCUCAGCAGCAGGGCCUUGGAACCCGGCUCCACAGCGCCCCCUGUCUCCUGGAGGCUGCUAGCAGAGGCGGCAGGCAAAAGAUCAGGAAGCAGCACUCGGACCCAGUGGUGGCCAACCACAAGGCAGGCAUGAUGGCUAUGCGGCCCCUGCACUCCUCCCCCAGGCUGAGUGAACUCAUGCAGCGCAGCCCCCUUCCCACUAUCCUGGGAUCCCCCUCUAGAGUGAGUACAUGUUUUGGACACAGCAACAAGUAUAAGACCUAUGCUUGUGUUUUACAGGAAACUGAGCUAUCCAGCAAUUGGCUUUAAUCAAUCAAUCCCACUGUCUAUAGUCUCUAUACUCUCUACUUUGGCUGAGUCUUGCCUCUGACACUGACGUCCUGUCCACAGGCCAUCCCACCCUUUGAGUUUCCCAAACCUCCCAGCUCCCCCAACCUGGUGACCUUCCUGGCCCAGCAGGGCCUGGUUCUUGCCCCGCCUGGCAGCAGGACUGCCUCAGACCACAGGGACACAGGACAGCCUCCUACUGGCCAGCUUGGUCAAUACAGCCACAGGACCGCAGAGGACAACAAGAGCUUUGGCAGGUCUCAGAGUGCAGGUCGUCUGUCUGACAUGUUGCUGAUGGCUGCGUUUGGAGGGCCACUGGGGGAGCGGGGCAGCAGUGAGAACCUCGGAUCUAACAGAGGAGCCAUAGACAUAACAGGUGGGCUUAGUAGAUCUGUUUACCAAGUUUUACGCUUCAGUAGAUGACUACCUGAAUGACUAAAGAGAGAGCUGUUAUGUUCACCAACUGAGCUUGACUAGAUAGUCUAUAUGACAGUGACAGACUGGAGAUCCUUGUUCAAAGUUAAGCAACUUACUUGGUUCACUAUUUGUAUGGAUGUUCAGCAGGACAGAACAGAUUUCCUCACUCACAUUUUCAACUGGGAUCACGGUAUCAAUUGGGUGAAGUUCCACAGGAGUCAAUUUCAACACUUAAACCUUUGAAAAAGGGACAAGGAUCCCAUUUUUUUCUAGAUUCGAUAAGGUGGAAUAUCAUACUAGUCAGUUUGGUCAAGAUAGAGGCUUUCAGUGUGGCGUUAUGGUAGCACAUUUGGCGUGCAAAACCACACAAAGAGCCAAUCAUUUAGAGAUUGUCUGUCUAAGUGGGUCAGUGAAAGUUGUCCAGUGGGAUUCUGAUAAGAUGGAGGUUUCCUUAGUGGAACAUUGUUUCAACAUUCUAAAACAUUAACUGUUGUUAAACCCCUGCUGUCGUAGGUUUAGAAUGGAGGACGUCAGGUUUUAUUUCUACUGCUCUGCUAAUAAUAUGGGCAAACUAGAUGUUAAAAGCAUGCAUCUAACUACCAGGGUAAAUCGCUACUUGCUCCACUGCACGUAGCUAGGUCAUUAGUUACCACUGUUCAUACUCUCUGGCCUAUGUGUUUCUGAUGAUGAGUGCUGUGUUUCUGUCCGUCAGAACCCUCUGGUGGUGGUGCCGUGGCUGCAGGCUCAGCCAGCCCAGCCCAGGUGGUGUUCACUGUGGGCUCCCCGCCCAGCAGCAGCACCCCACCACAGACCUCCAGGACCAGGCAGUACUCAGGUAAGUUCUCAGCAGCCUGGUGAUGUCAUCCUUUACUCAGAACAGCACCACUAUGUAAUAUGUUAAAAAAUGUAUUGAUACCAAUCAUGAGAAACAGCCGUAGAGUAUAGAAUGGCACAGUUUGGUAAAUUUUUUAAGGUUACAAAUGGUACCGUUUGGAUAUGGCAGUAUGAAAAAUUAAAAAGGUUGUGGUAGACCUUAAGAACCCUUUUCCCUCCUCCCACAAUCCCAGGUCCCCAUACAGCUCACCCUCCCAUCCCAUCCCCCCUCCCCAGCUCCCACCUGCCAGGAAGAUAGUGAGACCCCUCCUAGCUGUCCCACCACCCACCAUCGGGAAAAUUAGAAUGCAACCGGCUAUGGCUAUCUCAGUGGCAACGAUGUACACAAUACAUUUCCCUAUGUCAGUCAUGACCUAGUGCCUGUUCUGAGCUUCUUGCCAUGCUCUAACCUCUACUUUCUAUAGCAGGCUCCUCCAGCUCUAUCAGCCCAGUGGGGUCCUUUACCAGCCGAUAUCAGACAGGCACCUAUCUAGACGGCUUCGAGGGUCCCUCCAGUCCACGCUACAGCUUCACGGACCCCAUCACGGCCAACAUGGGGGGACCGGUCACCUUCCUGGCCCCUGAGCUGCCAGAGGAGACACUGAUGGAGGUGAGAGGAUGAGAGUGGGCAUGGGGUGGGAUGUGGGGUUGUUGCUGUCUGUCACUCUGUGUUUGUCUGUCUCUGCAUGUUUUUUUCUGUCAUUUCAUCUCUGUGUCUGUAUUAAGGAAUGCCCAUUAGAGGUUGACACGGGAACAGGACUCCCGCGGGUCUUGCGGUUCCAGUGGUAUUCCGGCAGUCAAGUUUGGGACAGGACAGAAUCGACAGUCCACAGGAACGGGCAGUACAGGAAUAGUUAUAAACAGAGUUUGUUGGGGGGGGGGGGGGGUUUAAUAUGUAAUGUGUGGAUCAUUUCAGAAAGAGACUGUGUGUAGGCCUAAUAUAGUUUACUUAUUAAUAAUCAUUAAAAAGUAAAUGGUCAUUUCCCCCCUUCUGUCGGCUCACUCUCGCGCCGCGCUCCAGUUGUAACCAGUCACUACUUUACCUCAGAUGCAUGCGGAGACUUACACAAUUACACAUGUCCAUAUCCAUGAGUUCAUCCAACUCUGGGUAAGUACAAGGGCUGUCUAUAGAAAAGUUAAUAUGGCUACUCACAUGCAGAGCGGCUGUAUAGCAUUAGUGGAAACCAAGACUGUUCUCAGGGCAUAUCUGCCGGUUCUGAAUAGCAGAAGUGACUUUUUGUAGCAGGUUAGGGGAAUUAACGUGGCAUGUUAAGUUAAUCAGAUUUGUAAUAGUGAACUUUGUAGUGGUCAAUGUGAGUGACCUUGUCUCUCUCUCUCCCUCUGUCUGUCUGAGUGCAGCAGGAGCACACAGAGACCCUGAGGAGCCUGCGCUUCACCCUGGACUUUGCCUGCUGUCUGAUGGAGGUGGCGGGAGUCAGGGGGACUGGGACUGGGGCCUGGGCGGAGCAUGGGGACACCACCCCACCCUCCCUCCUGCAGCAGCAGAGCCUGGUGGCAGACCAGAUCAGCUCCCUCAGCCGGGAGUGGAGGUGAGAGCCACCAGCCAAUAAAGCUCAACCAAUUCUACUACUGUUACUGAAAUGACUUUGUCCAGUAUUUCCUUUUUAUGGAAGAGGAGCUCUUUACAAAUUGAUGAUAAAAGCAAGUCAGACACUUUGCGAUGACUGUAGCACUAGCUAAAAAACUUGCCAUGAGUCUGAUCUGUAUGUGUUUGUGUCUCAGCUAUGCGGAGCAGCUGGUGUUGUACAUGAAGACUGCAGAGCUCCUGUCAUCUGCCUUACACACAGCCAUGGAGCGCAUCAAACAGGGCAAACUGUACCCCUCUGCUACUGUCAAACAAGGUAAGAUACAACAACCUUAGAACAUGGCUGAUUAGAGCAGCCAAAAUGAAAAGCCAACAUUUACAGGAGGAUAUAACAUGAAACUAAAGUAGUAGAUGAUAUCAGUAAAUAUUAUUGAGCCCAAGCCUACUUGGAGUAGGUAGGCUCUCUGUCUGUGUUUCCAACACUGUUCCUCUCUUAACCCUGUUCUCUGUGACUGUGUUUUCAGUGGUCAAGAGACUGAAUGAGCUGUACAAGUCCAGCGUGUCGUCCUGUCUCUCCCUCAAUGCCCGGCUGCAGCGCUUCUUCUCCCGGAAGCACCGUCUCAUGGACCACAUUAACACCAUCACCGCCGAGAGGCUGCUGUUCAGCCACACCGUUCAGAUGGUGAGGGAGACACUGUGUUCAGCUCAACACCGUUCAAAUGGUGAGGGAGACACUGUGUUCAGCUCAACACCGUUCAGAUGGUGAGGGAGUCACUGUGUUCAGCUCAACACCGUUCAGAUGGUGAGGGAGACUGUGUUCAGCUCAUCACCGUUCAGAUGGUGAGGGAGACACUGUGUUCAGGGGGACUGUUCAGCUCAACACCGUUUCUGUCAUCUCAGCAUUUAAUCUGAUCUCCUCUUCACCCUCUCUACUGGGCUUGUGGUUGACUCGUUUCACCAUUUAUACAGCUACAUGUUUAAGAUCACUGUUUUCAUCAGCCACGUGCAUAUAGUGUGUAGCUGUAAUAUGGUGAUAUUUGGAUUAACCUGAUUGCAAGGAGUAUGAUGGCGGUCUUUGCUAUUGUUCACCCAUACUUCCAAAUGGAAUCCUUUGUAUUCAAACCCAAAUACAAACCUUUAUCGUGGCAGUAUUCCUCUCUGACUUUGCCCACUAACUUCCUUUCCACCUCUGUCUCUCUCCCUCCUCCCCACCCCAGGUGCAGGCUGCUGCUCUGGAUGAGAUGUUCCACCAGGGAGAGGCGUCGGUGCUGCGCUACCACAAGGCCCUGCUGCUGAUGGAGGGCCUGUCCCUGCUCCUCACCAAGCACGACGACAUCCUC